AUGUCUAAGGAAUUUGAAGCAGAAAUUGCUAAAUAUGAAGAUGAAGAUAAUUUCUCCGUCGAACCAGAUGAAGAUGGCAAUGCAUACCAUUACGAAAUUAUUUAUACACCACCAGAAGAAUCUGAUUACGCAGAAGGAAUUUAUCACUUAAAAUGUGAAGUUCUAGCCAAUUAUCCAAAUGCAAUGCCAAAAAUUACAUUCGCCAAUUCAAUUUAUCAUCCAAAUAUUGAUAAUGAAGGUGGCAUAUGCAAAGGAUAUUUUGAUGGUUGCAAGACCUUAAAACAAAUGAUCGAUGUCAUUGAUGAUCUCCUCACAAAUCCUCAAUUUGAAGAUGUUUUACGCCAGGAUUGCAGAGAUACAUACAACAAGAAUCCUCAAUUAUUCCAUGACAUUGCAAAACAAGAAGCUCGUAAGUUAUCUGGCCAAUAA